UGAUUUUCAAUUAGUUUUGUAAAGUAUCAAAAACAUACACAUUCCAAUGGAUAAUCUUGUGCCGGUUGUUGUUGCCCUUGUGGGAAUCCUCAUCAUGUUCGUACUUUUCAAAGGGAUCAGUAGUGCGGAUGUGAAGGUGUUAGACGUGCCUAAUAUUGCACAGACUACGCGAAAAUCUCGCCUGAAGAAGCCCGCGAGUGAAAAAUCUGCCGCACAGGCUCUGGAUCUUGAGAUGGAAGCCCUUAUAGCACGGGAUAUCGCCAGAAGUAGCCGGCAGACUGGGAUGAGCGCCGACACCAAGCGGCUCCAGCCGGAAAUCUUAGAAAGCGAGCAGGGCCGCCACAAGGUGAAGGCACUCCCGAAGAACAUCCUCGCCCUGAACGAGCAGGAUGAAGCGGAGACCUCAACCUCGAAGGAUUCUUCCUUCCAGACCGUGCAAUAUUUCGCGCGGCAAAACCGGAAGAAGAAGGAUGUGUUGUCGAAGCCUGUCGAAGACAUCGACCAAAAAUUGAUGAACUUUUUCCGAAAUAGCAAGUCGCAGAAAAUCUCCAAAUCCAAGGGCAACGCAGGCGAGGCAUCGCCCCAGGCUGAAGUGGGUGGCCAUGUGAUGACUUAUGGUGCUCUCAACAUGGCUCGCUCGUGGGACGAGCCACACUAAUGGGCUUACUUGAAUGUAUGUUAAACUGGAUGGAUGGAAAGAGAUGAGGAAGUGUGUUCCCACUCCUUUCUCCCAUUUAGUUUGAAUUUAUUUUAAAUUAAUAUUAGCUAAUGCUGAUACGCGUCUUCUUUACCAUGCCAUUACUUUGGGGCAAUUUCACUUUCUCUGAAGUGGUGCCCUUUAAAGCUAUUCGUAGUUACGUGUAUUCCUUUUUUUCUUUUUCUGGGGGUUGUGUUAUUUAUUAAUUGUGGAAAGGUAUCUUCUUACUUAUCUGAAAAAAAAUGUCUCUGUUUAUAUGGGAAAACAUACUCCCCCUGAAGAUGUCAAAAAAGUUUUGUCAAGUUGAAUUCUGAAAUUUAUUGUAAUUUUAGACACAAUAAAGAGCAAUCUAUUGUAAUUGAUCAAUAUUAGCUAAGUCGAUUUAUUACACACUCAUGGGCACUAAUGAAAUUUCCUAAAAUAAA